CUCCGGGAAGUGGCAGACAGGUCUGUGACGACCAGAAGCCGCAAAUAUGGGAUGACAGAUGCUUCUCCGACCAAAUCAGCCUCUUUUUCACCUGAGACGUGGUACCGCAAAGCGUACGAGGAAUCCCGGUCUGGCAGUCGUCCUGCCCCCGAAGGUGCCGGCUCUGUGCCUGGUUCGUCCGGAACACCCUCACCUGGAUCUGGCACUUCGUCUCCGGGGUCAUUCUCGGGCUCUCCUGGUACCACGUCUCCGGGUAUCGGCACAGGCUCACCGGGAUCCCUCGGAGGUUCGCCAGGUUUCGGCACCGGAUCACCUGGUUCGGGAAGUGGGAGCUCGCCGGGGUCUGAUCGUGGAGUUUGGUGCGAGAACUGUAACGCUCGCCUGGUGGAGCUUAAACGUCAGGCGCUGAAAUUGCUAAUUCCCGGACCUUUCUCCGGCAAGGACCCCUCGUUCCCCUUGCUACUCCAUGAUAAGCUCCAGGUCCCCAACAGCACACGCAAGGCCUGGAGCGAGCGGGACAGCCGCUGCGACGUCUGCGCCACCCACCUCAGCCAGCUGAAGCAGGAGGCUGUCCACAUGGUCCUCACCCUGGAGCAGAAUGAUAGGUCCCCCGGCUCGCCCCCGGGGCCAGCCGGCCACCGGGGAGCCACGCCCCGCGACUGGGCUCACCUCCCAAGCGCUGGCUCUUCCACCUCAGCCCCCGGAGCUGGCCCCGGCCAUACCAAACACGGGUCCAAACCGAACAGCUUGGGUGUGGGUAGCAGGGUGGACAAGAAGAACGGCUCUCCUGAUCAUGUGACCAAGCCCCACCCCCCCGGCCUGAGCAAUGGCAACGGGAACAUCGUCAGCUCAGGGGCCACACAGCCACCCCUGUAUCUGGAUACCAACUGGUCCAUGUCCUGUGCCAAUGGUGUCACUCUUUACCCAUAUCAGUGCGCCUAA